AAAAAAAAAAAAAAUUGUCCAUAAAAUUUGAUCCCAAGUAAUAAAAACCAAUCAAAAAAAAAAAAAAUAUGUCUAACGAUUGUAGAAAUAGUUUGUCAAAGAUGUCGAUGAAAGACAACGACAACGACGACAACAACAUCAGUGGUUUAGACGAUAAUAAUGAAGAACAAGAACUAGAAGAAGAAGAUGAAGACACUAAAGAAGAAAAGUUUGUCGAAGUAUUGGACGUCAAAAAAGAUAAGUUAAAGUUUACGGAAGAAGUUUUCAAGAAACAGGUCCCCCAAUUGGCCAAACAGUUUCCGUUUUCGUUGGACGUCUUCCAGAUGCAGGCCAUACGACAUCUUGAGCGGCGACACAAUGUGUUUGUUGCCGCCCAUACGUCGGCCGGCAAGACAGUAGUGGCCGACUAUGCCAUUGCGAUGGCCUUCCGUGACCAGUGUCGGGUCAUCUAUACGUCGCCGAUCAAAGCCCUGUCCAAUCAAAAGUACAGAGACUUUAAGCGAGAGUUCACGGAUGUCGGCCUUCUUACAGGUGACGUCCAAAUCAAUACCGAAUCCAAGUGUAUGAUAAUGACUACCGAAAUACUAUUGCAAAUGUUAUACAAUUCGUCCGAAAUGGUCAACGAACUCGAGUACGUAAUCUUCGACGAGUGUCACUAUGUAAACGAUCCGGAAAGAGGUCAUGUCUGGGAAGAGGUGUUCAUUAUGUUACCGAAACAUUGUAAACUGGUACUACUAAGCGCUACGGUUCCCAAUGUUGUCCAAUUUGCCGACUGGUUAGGUCGUAUUCGGCGGGAAAAAACAUACGUAGUGUCCACUUACGAACGACCCGUUCCGCUCGAACACUAUCUGUAUGUUGGCCGCGACGGUAAAAGUAAACAUUCAAGAUUUAUGAUCAUCGACGGCAAAGGCAACUUCCAGAAGGACAACUACAAAGAGGCCGAACAGGCGAUGACGGACUACAAGAAACGAUACGGUUUUAUCAAACGAUGUCAACAAACCGAGACAAACAUCUAUUUGAAUCUGAUUCGGCAUUUGCACGAAAAAGACAAAUUGCCGGCCAUUUUCUUUACCCUAUCGCGUAACCGAUGCGACUCUAAUCUCGACAAUCUGAUGGCUAUCAAAGAGUCGUUCAAUUUGAUCGACCGGAAAGAAGAGUCGCGUAUUCAUGGAUUCAUUCACAAACACCUGAGACGGCUGCCCGACUGCGACCAAAAGUUGCCGCAAAUUCAAAAGUGUGUCCAAAUGCUGAAAAAAGGUUUAGGUGUUCAUCAUUCGGGUGUAUUGCCGCUAAUGAAAGAGAUGACAGAGAUAUUGUUUUCCGAUGGUCUAAUCAAAGUACUGGUGGCCACUGAAACAUUUGCAAUGGGCGUCAAUAUGCCGGCCCGUACUGUCGUUUUCGAUUCAAUCGAGAAACACGACGGCACUCAACGUCGCGAUCUAUUGUCAUCGGAAUACAUUCAGAUGGCCGGCCGAGCCGGUCGUCGAGGCAAAGAUGACAGCGGAACUGUUAUCAUACUAUGCAAGUACGACAUUCCCGAUUCGCCAAUAUUGACUAAUCUGAUCCAGGGAUCGGCUACGAAAUUGGUGUCGAAAUUUCGACUAACCUAUCAUAUGAUAUGUAAUCAACAUAAAAGUUCGGCCGACAGUGGCGGCAAAGAUGGCGAAGACGAGACCGGCGAUGAAGGUAUCGAAAAGUUUUUGGAAAGAUCUUUUGGCGAACAUAAUCGUCACAAACAAUCAAACGAUUUGAAUCAACAGUUGGAUUCGCUUAGGAAACAGUUUGACGACCAAUUGGCAACCAUUGACCGAUGCGACCAGUGUUCAGACAUCGAAGUCUUCUACCAGUGCUACGAUAAUUAUGUAGAAAGUUUGCAGACAAUUAUGCCGACCAUCUGCCAGAAAGCACUGGAAAAAGGACGACUAACCAGUGGACGUGUUGUGGCCAUCGAUAGUGUGACCGCUAACGCUCCCACCGCCACCGCCACCAAUGGUCGACCGAAAAAUCCGUUUGAUUACGCAGUAGUAUUGAUGGCCAAUAAAAGCAAAACCAAUAGUUUAGUUUCAACGCUAAAAGUCUUGUCGCUCGCCGGCGACGACAGCUUUGAAUACAAGACUAUUGAUGUCGGAUCUGUUCAUAAAAUAUUGAACAAACAAAUCAAAGCCAAGUCUAUCGACGUGAGAGCCAUUGUCGAUGAAAAUGAAAACUCCAGAAACAAAUACAAAUCAAAAGACGAAACACUGAUGGUUAUCGAAAAACUAAGACAACUGUCACUACCGGAUAACUAUCAGAUUUUGAACGUGGAAUCUAUUGAUCCGAAAACUAAUCUGCAAAUCAAAGAUAUCGAUUCAGUGGAAAAGAUCAACAGAUAUCUGGAUUUAUCAAAUAAAUUGGUGACAUUCGAGUGUAUCAAAUGUCCGACAUUUGUCAAACAUUUUGAUAGUAUAGUAAAUAAGAUGACACUCCGGAAGCAAAUGGAUGAAAUUGAUUAUAAACUAUCGUCCGAAAGUCUUCAGUUUCUACCAGAAUAUGGUACACGACUGAAGGUAUUGGAAUCGUUGGAUUAUAUCAAUCAAUAUCAUCGGCUAGAAUUGAAAGGUAAAAUGGCGUGUCUUAUGUCCGAACACGAGCUGGUUAUCUGCGAAAUGUUGACCCGAAAUGUUUUGGGAAACGCAUCCCAUGAAUCCGAUCUCAAUCAUCAAGAGAUUGCGGCUCUUAUGUCCGGUUUUGUCUAUCAAUCCAAUGCCGUCGCCGACGACGACAAAAUUGCCGAAGAUUUCAAAUGGAGUCCAAAACUCAGAGAGAAAUAUAACGAAAUAAAGGCCAUCGAGUGUAUGAUUAGGUUGCGUGAGCGUGACUUCCAGGUGCCCGACCAGGCCAUCAACUCUGAGCUUAACUUUGGAUUAGUUAAAGUCAUCUACGAAUGGGCUAAUGGAAAGUCGUUUAUCAAUGUAAUGGAAGAGUGUGUCGUCCAGGAAGGCAUAAUCGUCCGGUGCAUUCAACGAUUGGAUGAACUGUUAAAGUUUGUCAAAUUGGCGGCCAAAAUGAUGGGCAACGAUAUACUGGAAAAACUCAUAGAAGAGUCGUCGAAAUCUAUCCGAAGAGAUAUUGUCUUCUUUCCCAGUCUUUAUACAAGCGAUGACAACAACGAUAAUGACAACAACAACGAUGAGGACAAUGUCGUCAUCGAUGCUAAUAACGAAAAUCUUAGCUUUAAUUUUGUUUAACAAAUAACAACAACAACAAAAUGAUUACAAUUUAACUAUUU